GUGACAGUCAACCAUGGCUUCCUUCUCGUAGUGAUGGAGCCGCACAGUUGACAACAACACAAAACUGAGACUUCAGCCAGGCUGUUUGCCCCCGGAGAGGAGUUGGACUCACGAUGCAGAAGAUCAAGUCUCUUAUGGCCCGUCAGGGCCUGAAAAGCCCCCAGGAGAGCAUGGCAGACUUGAGUCCUGUGGAGAACCUGAGGAUCCCCAGCAAGGAGGAGCUGCGGGAGCUGAGGGAGCAGCCCAUCGACCCCCAGGCGGAGCAGGAAAUCAUCGACAGCAUUGAGGAGGUCUACUUCUCAAACGACUCCUUCGAUAUGGUGCAGCACGAGCUGGAGAAACUCCCACCUGAGCUGAAUCUGCAGGAGCUGGAGGAGUACAGAGAUAAGCUCAAAAGACAACAAGCAGCAGUCUCUAAAAAAGUGGCAGAUCUCAUUCUGGAGAAGCAGCCUUCUUACGUCAAGGAGCUGGAGAGAGUGACGGCGUUACAGACCAACCUGCAGCUGGCAGCGGUCAUUUGCACGAAUGCAAGAAGACAACUGAGUGUGGCGAAGGAGGGGUUCACCGGGGCCAGCCUGGGUCUGCUGGCCAAUCAGAGAAGGCGGCAGCUGCUGACGGGCCUGCUCAAGUCUCUGAGGACCAUCAAGACCCUGCAAAGAACAGAUGUAAGACUCAGCGAGAUGCUUGAGGAGGAAGACUAUCCGGGCGCGAUCCAGCUGUGUCUGGAGUGCCAGAAGGCCGCCAGCACCUUCAAACACUACAGCUGCAUCAGUGAAUUAAAUUCCAAACUACAAGACACUCUGGAGCAAAUAGAGGAGCAGCUCGAUGUCGCCCUGUCAAAGACUUGUAAGCACUUUGAUGUUUCGCACUACACCAAGGUCCAGCUGGCCUACUCGCUCCUGGGUAAAACGCAGACCGCCAUGGACCAGUUGCACAUGCACUUCACCCAAGCCAUCCACAACACCGUUUUCCAAGUGGUGCUGGGAUACGUGGAGCUGUGCGCCGGCAACGCCGACACCAAGUUUCAGAAGAUGCAGUAUAAAGAUCUGUGCACGCACAUCACCUUGGACAGCUACAUUCCCUGCCUGACAGAUCUGUGCAAGGCAUUGUGGGAGGUGAUGCUAAGCUACCACCGUACCAUGCAGUGGCACGAAGAGCAGGACAAACAGGAGACGACGUCCACUCCAGACGGCGCCGCUGCGGCCGAGUCCGACGAGGUGCUGGUCGACCGCAGUUACGUAAAGAAGAAGCUGGAGCACGGGCUGACGCGAAUCUGGCAGGAUGUCCAGUUAAAGGUGAAAGCUUACAUCCUGGGAACCGACAUGUCCAACUUCAAAUACGACGAUUUCAUCGUGGUGCUGGAUGUCAUCAGCAGGUUGAUGCAAGUGGGUGAGGAAUUCUGCAGCAGCAAAUCAGAAGUCCUGCAGGAGUCCAUUAAACGGCAGAGUGUUAACUACUUUAAAAACUAUCACAGGGCGCGGCUGGAAGAGCUCAGGAUGUUUCUGGAAAACGAAACUUGGGAGCUGUGUCCAGUCAAGUCUAACUUCAACAUUGCCCAGCUCCAUGAGUUUAAGUUUAUGGGCCAGUGUCGAUCUCCGUCCGUCUCGCCGAGCAGACAGACCGUGUCCUCCGGCAGCCCGGCCCAGGAGGAGCUGUCACUCUUCCAGCAGUACGUACAGGAGGGAAACCCUUUUGAGAUGCACAUCGAGCACAAAGAGGAAGAGACGGAGGAUGUGCUGGCGUCUAACGGAUAUGAGUCAGACGAGCUGGAGAAGAGUGUGUAUCAGGAUUACGACAGCGACAGCGAUGUUCCCGAGGAGCUCAAGCAGGACUACGUUGAUGAGCAGACAGGUGACGUCCCCCUGAAGAGCGCGUCCCGAGAGACGAUAAGAAGCAAGAAGAAGUCUGACUAUAACCUCAAUAAGACCAACGCGCCGAUUCUCACCAACACAACGCUGAACGUCAUCCGGCUGGUUGGAAAGUACAUGCAGAUGAUGAACAUUCUGAAGCCGAUUGCCUUCGAUGUCAUUCACUGUGUCUCUCAGCUCUUUGACUACUACCUGUACGCCGUCUACACCUUCUUUGGACGCAAUGACAUGCCUGUCCCAAGCCCGUCUUUGCCCGCUCAGGGUGGCAGGGAGACGGGCACAGCCAGGGUUGUGGGCCCUGCUUGCCUGUAUGAGUCAUCGGGUCUGGGCCUUAUCAGCAGCAGACUGAGAACCACGCUGAAUCGAAUCCAGGAGAGCCUCAUUGAUAUGGAGGCUGGAGGGGAGAGCGCCGGAGUCCACGGACCCACCGAGGACAGGAAGGAGAAGGUUCCCAGCCCCCACCUGAGCCAGCUGGUGGUCCUCACCAACAGUGGGACCCUGUAUGGUUUGGCCCAGAGGGUGGUGGCCACAGAGUCCCUUGUUUUUCUGGCCGAGCAGUUUGAGUCCCUUCAGUCCCACUUGGAUACGAUGAUGCCUGCAGCCAAGAAGCCCUUCCUGCAGCAGUUCUACUCUCAGACUGUGUCCACAGCCAGCGAACUGCGGAAACCAAUAUACUGGAUCGUGGCGGCCAAGGCGAUCGACUAUGAACAAAUGCUGCUCAUGAUGGCCGGCGUUAAAUGGGACAUUAGGGAGAUAAUGUCGCAGCACAAUGUGUACGUGGACGUCCUUUUGAAGGAGUUUGAGCAGUUUAACAAGCGGCUGGGUGACGUUUCCAGACACGUGCGAAUCCCCCUCCCCGUGUCCAACGUCCUGUGGGAGCACUGCAUCCGCCUGGCCAACCGGACCCUCGUGGAGGGCUACGCUAACGUGAAGAAAUGCAGCAACGAGGGCCGCGCCCUGAUGCAGCUGGACUUCCAGCAGUUCCUGAUGAAGCUGGAGAAGCUGACCGACCUGCGGCCCAUCCCCGACAAGGAGUUCGUUGAGACCUACAUCAAGGCCUACUACCUGACUGAGAACGACAUGGAGCAGUUCAUCAAGAACCACCGGGAGUACUCCAUGAAGCAGCUGGCCAACUUGGUGAACGUGUGCCUGGGCUCGCACAUCAACAAGAAGGCCCGUCAGAAGCUCCUGGCGGCCAUAGACGACAUCGACAGGCCCAAGAGAUAAACAGGAGGGCGGGACCGGACCCCCCGAAACCAGCCCCCAGAUGAAUGCACUCCGUCAGAGGAGGCUCGCACAGCGACUCCCGAGGUGGAGCUCAGCUCAAAUGUCGUUGCCUUCGGCUGAGAUGAGUUCAACAAGCGGCAGAGUGCUGCGGCCGAUGCGUUCCGUCUUUAAAUUGUUGGGAAAUCCAAACAGCCGCUUGUUGAAUCGCCUCUCAGACACGAACAUGAAACCUCACCUUCAGACUUGUUACUCUGCACAUGCAGCGCAUGUUUUCAUUCAGCAGAUAUGUUGCUUCAAAUAUUUAGUUUCUUUUCUGCAAACUGUAACUCCGGCUUGAGUCGGAUACGAAGCUCUCACCCGGACUCUGUUAAAGCGACACAAAAAUCAGAUUUACCUGACUGAUACUGUGUUGAUCUUUAUUUUAUCUUUUAUCUGUUUUCUGUUUCCUCCAAACAUUCUCCAUGUCAGUCACACCUCCUACCUUCAGAAUUUAAAAAAAAGACAAACUGGUAAACAUUUGAACAUUUCUGAAUUCGAUAGAUACUGUUGAUCUGUGUGGAAAUGAUUCCCGCUCUGCUGUGUGGAUCUGAAGGCUCCGGGUCUUUAUUGACCCUCUACUCCGCUCUGUGCUGUACAUGAUUUUACUUCACUGCACCUGUAUUCCUCCUUUUUUUCUGCUCUUGUGUUUCGUUUGAUUGUCCAUGAAUAUUACGAAUCUAAUAUAACGAUGAUUGUGAAAGUGAUAUAAACUGCUUUAGCUGGCACUAAGAGAGCUGGACUAUAUCUGCACCAGCUGCAUUUGUUUGGUGCACCAUCUGUCAUAUCUGAGCGGUAUUUAUUGCUCCUGGACUGAGUGUUGUGAAAAAAAAGCUGAACUUCAUUCUCUGGCCCUUCUACAGACCAUUAGGUUUUGUCGCUUGUGUGAGUUAGUUUUCUAACUGCAGGAGCUUUGGUCGGACUCCCACGCCUCCCGUUACAUUCUUUAGUUUAACCCGAUCCGACCUGUGGAAGAGGUUCUGCCCGAAUAACACGCUGUAAAAGGAAAAAAAAAGAAAAGAAAAAGAAGUUUUGAUAAAUUUCGUGUGCAACUAUUCCAAGAACAAUACUGUAAAUGUGAAUGUUUUGAACAAUGUCUGUAUUUAUUUCUCGCUCUGUGUGAUCUUUGAGUUUUUAUAUGAUGAUUGCUGGAACUGUAACGUCUGUCGUCACCUCUCGGUCUCUUGUAACUGAUCACCCGCAGAAAUUAUAAAUAUCUAGAACUUGUCAAAUUACGUUAGGAGGUCAGCGCACCGUAGUGGAAGUCGGUGAUCAGUGUUGGAGUUGUAACUGAACCCAGGAUGAUUCUAACACAAUAAACACACUAACGGCGA